AUAAAUAAAUUUAAUAUGUUUAUAAAAAAAUUAAAUAAAUUAAAAAAAUUAAAUUUAAUUUUUUUACCUGGAUUUACAAUAAAAGUAAAUAAUAAAUUUAAACAACAAAAAAUAAAAUUUAUAAAUAAUAAUAAUAGUUUAAAUAUAUUUAAAUUAAAAGAAAAAAUUAUAAGAACAAUACAUAAUAUUAAAAAAAAAAAUCAAAUAUUUUUUUAUAAAAUUUUAAAUACAAAAAAUAUAUUAUGUUUAAUAAAUAAAUUAAAAUCUAGAUUAGAUUAUAUAUUAUUUAUAUCAAAUAUAUAUUCUUCUAUUUUUCAAUCAAAACAAAAUAUAAAACAUAAUUUUAUUUAUGUAAAUAAUAAAAUAAUUACUUGUCCUAGUUUUAUAUUAAAAAUAAAAUCAAUAAUAAAAAUAAAAAAAUUAAAUAAUUUAUAUAAAUUACCUAAUAUAAAUUAUUUUUAUUAUUUUAAAAAAAAUAUAAAAAAUAAUAAUAUUUUUUUAAUAAAAUAUAUAUUAGAAUUAUUUAAUAAAUAUAAUAAUAAUUUAAAUUUAAAUAUAAUUUGUUUUAAUAAUAAUAAAUUAUUAAUACAAAAAUAA